AUGCUCUGGCUUACCGCACAUCCAUCGAGAGUCCCAGAGAGGAAAACGCUUGAGGAGCAGAGGCGUGGUCGUGUUGUUGCCCGUAAAAUCGAUGAGGUAGGCCACUCGUCUGGCAAGCUAACGACUACUAUGGCUGGAACUGCUGAUGCUGCGGCCGGCGGUCAGCGGAUGUGGUUAUGGUUGCAAGAGUGCAGAGCAGAGACUACGAAGGGAUAUGCGUCACAGGCGCAGCAGGCGAUAGGUAAAAUCAUUCCGAGUGCCAGUCAUGAUCACGAUCAGGUUGGAGCUGGAGGAUCACCGUCACCACCGGCUAGCAAUCCGAACGCACCACCAUCGCCACCACAGUGA